AUGGUAUCAGAGUUGGAGUUUCAUGACGCCCUGAGCACCAAAGAAGACACGAUCUCUGCACUGCGACAAGAAAACGCAGCUUUAUUGGAAAAUAUGGAGCGUCUCAACAGUGAGCUUCGGAAAAUGGAGGCUGUGCAGCAACAGGCCAACGAGAGAGCCAGGCAGCUAGAAACUGACCUAGCUAACGAAAGGAAAAAGGUUCAGGAAGUUGAGAGCUUAAACCAAAUAACUAAAGAAGUUCAAGCCGCACCAGUCCACCAACAUCAGGAAGACCAGGAGAAAAAGGCCUUGAGAGACGAAGUGAUGAAGUUGACUGAUUUAUUGGAAAAUCAGCAAACUGAGCAUGAAGACGUGAUUGCUGCUCUCUAUGAUCAACGGAUUAAGACGGACAAAGACCGUCGAGAUGCCAUCAGAAGAGCUGACCAGCUGAAAGCAAAUCUGAUGGCUGAGAAGAUCAAAAUUAAAGAGACAGAGAUUUGUUUAGCCGAGCAGAUGGAAGAAACAUCUAGACUAAGAUCUGCUCUGGACGAAAUGGAGAGAGAUUUGGAUGAAGGAAGACGGCAGUGGGAGCUGGAAAAAGUACGUCUUCUGACCAACAACCAAGAAACAUCCGAGGUGGAACAGUUGAAGUAUCAGUUGCAGUCACAGAUAAUUGCUCAUGAAGAUGAGAUUGCUGCUCUGUAUAACGAGUUGGUGAAGAGGAACAACGAUCACCAGGACGCCAUCAGAAUGGUCGAGCAGCUGAAGGAAAAGCUAAAGGAAGAGAAAAACAAAGUUAAAGAGUUUGAAGACAGGUUAACCCGGCAAGAGGCAGAGAAAUCCAACCUACAGGCUGCUUUGGUCCAAAUGGAGAGAGCCUUAAGAGGACCAGCGGCGCCAAUGGGAGCAGGAAAAACCCUGUCCUAUGACCAACCAAAAAAGAGAUGA